AUGGACGAGAAUCACCAUGCUUACCUAUCAUCGUUGCGAUACCAUCCCAAAAAAUACUAUGGUUAUGGUGGUGGACAUGGUGCUGGUGGAGACUAUGAUGCAGUUGAUUAUUAUAGAGGUGGUGAAGGAGGAGGACUAAGAGGAAGUUAUGGUAGUGGUGUUAGUGGAGAGCAUAGCAUUGGUUAUGGAGGAGGUUCCGAUGGAAGAUAUGAUGGUGCUCGUGGAGAACAUGGCAUUAGUUAUAGAGGAGGUGGCGAAAGUGGCGGUUGGGGUGGUGUAAGAUAUGGUGGUGUUGGAGAAGCAUAUAGAGGUGGCUAUGGAAGUGAUGGCAGAAUUGGUGGAGGUGGUAGAGUAUACAGCAGUAGUGGAGGUUGA